AGUUAAGAUGUUAGCUCUUGGUUUAUUUGCCCAGGGUCACAUGGAUAGUAAGUGUCUGAGGUAGGAUUUGAUAUCAAGUCUUCCUGACUUCACGUCCUGUACUCUUUGCACUGUAUCACCUACAGGUAGUGUACAUAUUAUUAUUUUCAUUUUGCAGAGAAUGAAACUGAGGCCCAUGAAGAUGUAUGUGGUUAGAUGGUGGUUUGUAUGGGAGUUUAAGUGAACUGAAAACUCAGUGUGAGGUUACAGUCUGAUUUGACAGCCAGAAGUGAGUUCAUUGAGAGGCAUAAUAUCCAGAAUUCAGUUUAAUUGAGAUCCAUGCAAUAAACAUUUAUUAAAUAUCUACUGUAUGCUGGAGGCUGGAGAUACAAAGACAUAAAAGGAUAUAGUUCUGCUCUAGUCAGUCCAUAUUUGUAGUAUUGUAUCCCUAAUAUUCUGGGGAUACUUUUUAGGAAAGACAUUGGCAUGUUGACCAAAGCUAGUCCUGGUGGCUUUUCCCUAAAGGUCAUAUUCCUAGCUCAUAUUCCUAGCACUCUAAGUACCUUACACUGAGAAAAUUACAAAUACUUGUAACAAGUGGGAGCACGUCCAAAGAAAGUGACUGUGGCCGUGAAGGCAUUAGAGGAAGGAACUGGGCAUGUUUGGCCUGGAAAAGAGAAGACUUGGGGUUGGUGGAAGGCCUGGCUUUGAGCAUACAAAGAGACAGCAUGAGAUGGUGGGUGGAAAGCUGGGAUUAAAUCCAAGAACACCAGCAUCAUUCAGAUCUAACCUCCAGUACUAGCUGUGUGAUCCUGGGUCAGUCAUCUCUCCUCUGUAUGCCCCGUGUAAUUCUCUGGUAAUUACUAAGUCCGAGGCUGCUGGGGCAGCAGUCUGAAUUGGCAGAGGCUCUUUGGUAAUGUUGCUCAGAUGAACCGGUCCUUUGUGUAUUUGUUUCACAUGAGAAAGGGAUUAGACUUGUUCUUUUUGGCCCUAGAUGACAGAAUGAGGCAGAGGGAGUAGAAGUCUCAGAGAGGCAGAUAUAGAUUCAAUGUAAGGAAAAAGUUCCUAAUAAUGAGAGCUGUUCAAAAGUAGCCUGGGCUGCCUUUAUUUGGAAGGUAAUAUAUUCCCCACAUGUAGAUCUUCAGUAGAGGCCAGGGGAUCAUUUACUAGAUGUGUGCUGGGGAGCCUUGUUCAGGAAUGGGUUGGACUAGAUGACCAUUUGGUCUGUGAUUCCCUAUGAAAGGGACUUGUCCCAGGUCACAUAGGGGUUCAUGAUAGAGCUGGAGCUGGCAUGCAGGCAUCUGACUCCCGGCUCAGGGCUCUUUCUCUUACACUCUUGCUUCUCCCCCCAAGGUCGUUCCCACCGCCUCGAGGCCAUGGAUGCACGAUUCACAAGGGGGAAGUCGGCCAUCCUGGAGCGGUCACUAGUGAGGCCCAAGACAGAGGUGAGCCUCAGUGCCUUCUCCCUGCUGUUCUCGGAGCUGGUUCAGUAUUGCCAGAAUCGUGUGUACUCCGUGGCGGAGCUGCAGGCACGGCUGGCAGAACUGGGUCAGCAGGUAGGCGCCCGAGUGCUGGAUGGCCUGGCCACUCGGGAGAAGGGUGGCCGACGGGAGACCCGGGUACUGGGUGCACUGCUCUUUGUCAAGGGUGCAGUGUGGCGAGCGCUCUUUGGCAAGGAGGCAGACAAGCUGGAACAAGCCAAUGAUGAUGACAAGACAUAUUACAUCAUCGAGCGUGAACCACUCAUCAACACCUACAUCUCUGUGCCCAAGGAGAACAGCACGCUUAAUUGUGCCAGCUUCACAGCAGGCGUAGUUGAAGCUGUGCUCACCCACAGUGGCUUCCCUGCCAAGGUCACUGCCCACUGGCACAAGGGUACCACCCUCAUGAUCAAGUUCGACGAGGCUGUCAUUGCCCGGGACCGGGCCCUGGAUGGCCGCUGAGCUGAGGACAGACUAGGGAAUGAGAGGGCCAGGCUCUUCUUUGUACCUUUGAGCCAUGGUCCUUUGUCCUCCUGGAUUGUUCCCAUUGCCAGAUGAGCAACCUUCCCCUGCCCGAAGCCUUUCUACCAUGAUGUGAACCCUCAGCACUUCUCCUGGCUCUUGACUCUCUCUGCGUUCAGUCACCAGACCUUGUCUGUCUGUAGUUUCUGGUGUCGGGGAGUCUAUUUCCUGGCGUGCUCAGGGACGAGGGGCUCAGGCUCUAGGCUUGAUCAGGCUAACCUCCAUGGUCUGGGUUUGGCCUGUUUUUUUAUUUUUUUAUUUUGUUUCUGUGUCAUCUCCUGGAUGGUUUGGGGAUGAGUGGGGGUGGGAAGCGGGGAGGGUCCAGUUCCUUUCACCUGGAUUUUCUUACCCCUUGACUCUUCUUUGCCUGUUUUCUUGGGGAACUCGUUUAGGGGCUUCUGUACAUUAUCAGUUGAGGAGGAAUCAGUUGGUGAGACUAGCCAGGGAAGACAGGAAAUUUCCCUUGAAGAAAUUCUGCAGUCUUCUCGCCUGGACCCUCAUGUCUUCUCUAGAAGUAACGUCUAGGGGAUAUCUGUUUGGAGGUCCCCAUGGCUCCAUAUCUGCUUCCUAGAGAAGGGGAAGUCCCAGAUGAUUCUAUCCCAUGACACACUGGCUGGGCACUAGAAACUGAGCAGUUCCAGUGGUUCCUACUCCUGCUUGAGUAGGGAUAAUACCCUUGAUCAGACCCCAGCCUGGCCUUUUAGGAACUAUUAUACAGUCAGAGGCAGAAGGUUUGGGUUUCCAUCCUAGUUCUAGGGAAAGAGUAUGGUCAAACGUUUAAUCCCUGUCUCGCCUCAGGAUUCUUCUGUCCUUUUCAGUUCCUGCCCCUUUCCCCCUCACCCAUCUGAGUCUUGGGUGAUAGUUCAGUGCUCAUAAUUUCUUUUGGAGCUCUGAGGACAGUGAAUUGCUGCUAGAACAAUGUGAUAUACAUUAAAGCUAAGUGUUCCUGGAGAUAA